ACUAUCUGUUAACGAUGAAUAUGAGGUUCAUGACAUCAGAGUGUCCAGGCCGUGACACCGCGAGGUGGUCUACUAUUACUUCUCUGUGGAACUUCUCUAUAGCUCAUUAAGGACUUUUGGUUCAUUAUUUAUUAUUUGAUCUGCAUUCAUUUGGUUUCGUUUUUCACUUCUUUUAUUGUGAAAUCAGUUCUGUCGCACUGUUACCGUAAUGCCUAGUGAACAAACGUAACUCAAGAGGCUCGUUUGUUUGACUGCAGUGACACACGAGCGAGGCUCUGCAGAAUGAAUGAGACGAUGGCGGAUGACACGGAGGAUGUUGAGCUGGACUUUGCUGCUGACGAGCAGGAGAGGGCGCGAGGAAGCACAGUCAUGAGACACCCCCUGGCCUCCUUCUUCCACCUGUUCUUCCGAGUGGUUGCCAUCGUUGCCUAUUUGCUCUGUGACUGGAUCGGCAAGAACUUUGCUUCAUGUUUUGUCCUGAUCAUCACGCUGCUUUCUUUUGACUUUUGGUCUGUCAAGAAUGUGACUGGCAGACUGUUGGUGGGGCUGCGCUGGUGGAAUCAGAUCGACGAGGAUGGAAGGAGCCUCUGGGUGUUUGAAGCCAAAAAGACCUCCCGGGGCAAUAACACUGGGACGGAGGCGGAGGAGAGGAUAUUUUGGCUGGGUUUAAUCGUCUGUCCUCUCAUUUGGACAUUCUUCUUCUUCAACUCCCUGUUCCUCCUGAAGAUUAAAUGGCUGUCUCUCGUCGUAGCUAGUAUUUCCCUCCAAGUGGCAAACCUCUAUGGUUAUCUACGUUGCAAGGCAGUGGGACAAGAUGGCCAGCCUCCAGACUCCCGCUCUUUCACGGGACAGCACCUCCUGCAGCGUCCAGACAUCAUCUUUGGAAUACUAUGAAGACUACUUCCUCUACUAGUGUGUGUGUGUGUGUGUGUGUGUGUGUGUGUGUGUGUGUGUGUGUAUACAUACAGCUGCCUCAUGUCCAGAGUUUCUACAAACUUCAUCUACUUGAAUGGCUGUGCGCCUUUGUUUAUGCUGCUGAAUAUUGACAUGUCGCCCAUGAAUGAGUCUUGCUAUCAUGUCAAUAAAAGAUAAAAGUGCAUUUAAAAAUUU